CGGACUCCGGGCUCAAGUGCUCAACCUCUCCCCCCCACCCCUGUCCAGCGCAGCGCAGAGAGAGAAAUCAGUCCGCGAGCGAGCGCCAUGGACGAGAAGGCGUCCAACUUGGACGCCGUGCUCAAGGAGUCCGUUGAUCUCGAGAACAUACCGUUGGAGGAGGUGUUCGAGAACCUGAGAUGCAGCCGCGAGGGCCUCACCUCCGCCCAGGCCGAGCAGCGCCUCGACAUCUUCGGACCCAACAAGCUCGAGGAGAAGAAGGAGAGCAAGUUCCUCAAGUUCUUGGGGUUCAUGUGGAACCCACUGUCAUGGGUCAUGGAGGCCGCUGCAAUCAUGGCCAUCGCCCUCGCCAAUGGAGGAGGGAAACCGCCGGACUGGCAGGACUUCGUGGGGAUUAUCACGCUGCUCAUCAUCAACUCCACAAUCAGCUUCAUCGAGGAGAACAAUGCGGGCAACGCUGCUGCUGCUCUCAUGGCUCGGCUUGCUCCCAAGGCAAAGGUUCUUAGGAACGGUAAGUGGAACGAGGAGGAAUCAGCCAUCCUUGUCCCAGGAGACAUCAUAAGUGUGAAGCUUGGGGAUAUCAUCCCGGCCGAUGCCCGUCUCCUCGAGGGCGAUCCUCUCAAGAUUGACCAGUCCUCUCUCACUGGCGAGUCCCUGCCGGUGACCAAAGGCCCUGGUGAUGGGGUUUACUCUGGCUCCACUUGCAAGCAGGGCGAACUGGAGGCUGUUGUCAUUGCCACUGGUGUGCACACGUUCUUUGGCAAGGCCGCACAUCUCGUCGAUUCAACAAACCAAGUUGGCCACUUCCAAAAGGUUCUGACUGCCAUUGGGAACUUCUGCAUCUGUUCAAUUGCUGUGGGAAUGGUUAUUGAGAUUGUUGUCAUGUACCCGAUCCAACAUAGGGCUUACCGGCCUGGAAUUGAUAACCUUUUGGUGCUUCUGAUUGGAGGAAUACCCAUUGCCAUGCCCACUGUUCUUUCUGUGACUAUGGCCAUAGGUUCUCACCGCCUGGCUCAACAGGGAGCAAUUACAAAGAGAAUGACAGCAAUUGAGGAAAUGGCUGGCAUGGAUGUUCUCUGCAGUGACAAGACCGGGACACUAACCUUGAACAAGUUGACUGUGGAUAAGAAUCUAAUCGAGGUUGUCCAAAGGGGUAUUGAUCAGGAUACUGUGAUCCUAAUGGCUGCCAGAGCUUCACGUACAGAAAAUCAGGACGCUAUAGAUGCCACAAUGGUUGGUAUGCUUGCUGAUCCAAAGGAGGCUCGUGCUGGUAUCCAAGAGGUUCAUUUUCUGCCAUUUAAUCCAACCGACAAAAGAACCGCCUUAACCUACCUCGAUGCAGAGGGCAAAAUGCAUCGUGUUAGCAAGGGAGCACCAGAACAGAUUCUAGACCUUGCACACAAUAAAUCAGAAAUUGAAAGAAGAGUCAGGGUUGUGAUCGACAAAUUUGCUGAGCGUGGUCUGCGAUCGCUUGGUGUGGCAUACCAGGAAGUACCAGAUGGUAGGAAGGAAAGUCCUGGAGGACCAUGGCAGUUCAUUGGACUCUUGCCACUUUUUGACCCCCCUCGACAUGAUAGUGCAGAAACAAUUAGGAGGGCACUCAAUCUUGGUGUCAAUGUUAAAAUGAUUACAGGUGAUCAACUUGCAAUUGGGAAGGAAACAGCACGCCGUCUGGGAAUGGGUACUAAUAUGUAUCCUUCAUCUGCUUUACUGGGACAACACAAGGAUGAGUCAAUUGUUGCUUUGCCAGUUGAUGAAUUGAUUGAGAAAGCUGAUGGCUUUGCUGGUGUCUUUCCAGAGCACAAAUAUGAGAUUGUGAAACGGCUGCAAGCAAGAAAACAUAUAUGUGGUAUGACCGGAGAUGGUGUAAAUGAUGCUCCAGCUUUGAAAAAGGCUGACAUUGGCAUUGCAGUGGAUGACUCGACUGAUGCAGCUCGUAGUGCUUCAGACAUUGUCUUGACUGAACCGGGCCUUAGUGUGAUUAUUAGUGCUGUGUUAACAAGUCGAGCAAUUUUCCAGCGGAUGAAAAAUUACACAAUAUAUGCAGUGUCAAUUACGAUCCGUAUUGUGCUAGGUUUUAUGCUUCUUGCGCUGAUAUGGCAGUUUGACUUCCCACCAUUUAUGGUCUUGAUCAUUGCGAUCCUCAAUGAUGGUACCAUAAUGACUAUCUCAAAGGACAGAGUAAAACCAUCUCCACAACCUGACACCUGGAAGUUAUCUGAGAUAUUUGCAACUGGGGUUGUCCUUGGUAGUUACUUAGCCAUGAUGACAGUCAUCUUCUUCUGGGCAGCAUAUAAAACUAACUUCUUCCCGCGUGUGUUUCACGUUGAAAGCCUUGAGAAAACUGCCCAGGAUGACAUCCAAAAGCUUGCCUCUGCUGUCUAUCUGCAAGUCAGCACAAUCAGCCAAGCCCUCAUCUUUGUAACACGGUCUCGCAGCUGGUCAUUUAUGGAGCGUCCUGGAUUUUUGCUGGUCUUUGCUUUCUUGGUGGCUCAGCUGAUUGCUACUAUAAUUGCUGUCUACGCCGACUGGGGAUUUGCCGCAAUCAAAGGCAUUGGAUGGGGUUGGGCUGGUGUCAUUUGGCUUUACAACAUUGUGUUUUACUUGCCAUUGGAUGUCAUCAAGUUCCUCAUUCGUUACGCGAUGAGCGGGAGAGCCUGGGAUCUUGUCCUUGACCAAAGGAUUGCCUUCACGAGGAAGAAGGAUUUUGGGCGGGAAGAACGUGAGCUCAAGUGGGCGACCGCUCAGAGGACGCUACAUGGGCUUCAGCCAGCAGAGUCGACCACUUUCCAUGGCAUGAACAGCUACAGCGAACUCAACCAGCUCGCAGACGAGGCCCGGAGGAGAGCCGAAAUCGCAAGGCUGAGGGAGCUGAACACCCUGAAGGGGCGGAUGGAGUCGGUGGUAAGGCAGAAGGGGUUGGACCUUGAGACCAUCCAGCAGUCGUACACAGUGUGAUUGGUGAUAUAGAGGCAUUGAUCGCAUAUGCUAGCAGUUGUAUGCCGUCGUCGGUGCGAUACUGAUCACCCCUAUUAUGUCCAUUAAAUCACCCCUAGCAGAUUGACUGCGUUGAUAUAGUAGUAUUAGUACUAGCAGAGUACAAUCUAUGAGUUUACUAGAUGAUUAUAUAGUACAUUUUGGGUUUUGUUA